AUGGAUACUGGUGAAUUUGUACAAUCGAAGUUUGCUCAGGCGCUCAAAACUCAAAGCCCAGCCACCAGGGCCUACCCUUGUCCUUACCCAGGACACGAAGGCCGAAUUUUCCCGACCGCUGAACAGCUGUACGAUCACGGAAGGAUAGACCAUCGCAUCGAGUUUGAAGGCUUGACCUCAAGACAGGCACGAGACAAGUUUCGAGAGCUGAGUAUAAAGUUCAGAAGAUCGGAUUACUCUUCAGCUGCAACUGCAGGAGAUCGAUCGGCACCUGAUAUUGGGGGUCUUACUAUAGACUCAGGAAAGGGCUCGCGACAAAAUUCGCCACCAUCCGGUAAGAAACGACCGGCAGAGCAUGAGUUCACUAGCCCGAGAGGAAAGGGUCCUUCCCACGUGGAAGUAUUCGAUUCGGAAUAUUCAAGGCAGAUCCCUCAUACCGUUGUAUCGGAUCGAACACGGCCGAAACCACAAGAUGCACGCCUUUUCGACCCUAAGCAGAGCACUAAAGGUACCUCAUCCCCAUAUCAGACGACGCCCGAGCCUUCCAGCGAAUUUUCAGCAGAAGCUACGAAGAGUACUCAAUUCCAAUCACCAAAACAUCACUCACCUGCUCGGACUACCCAAAGAUCUAUACCUAAACCUCAGCAAGCUCAACGUCAACCAGGUCUCAUUGAGCUCCAGCGUUAUGAUCCUCGAUAUCCGGGUUUGUUAUUGCAGCCUGACAGUCGACCUAUCUCGCAAGAGCAGCUUGCAUCUGAAGUGAAAUCUAUCUACGCAGGAUUAACUAUGGUGGAAACCAAGUGUAUACAUGUGGAUCGCGCACAAGCUGUUGCUGUCCAAGAGAGUACUACCAAACUUGCGUCUGAUCAUUGGCAGGCCUUGAUCGCUCUUCACCGUACGCUCUUACAUGAGCAUCAUGAUUUUUUCUUGGCUAGUCAGCAUCCAUCAGCUUCACCCGCCCUUCGGCGUCUUGCGGCUAAAUAUUCCAUGCCGGCACGCAUGUGGAAACAUGGGAUCCAUUCUUUUUUGGAGUUACUUCGGAGGCGUCUUCCUGACAGUAUCGAUUACAUGCUGGCAUUCAUAUAUUUGGCGUAUCAGAUGAUGGCGCUGUUGUACGAAACAGUUCCGGCUUUCGAGGAUACGUGGAUCGAGUGCCUAGGGGAUCUAGGACGCUACCGGAUGGCUAUUGAGGAUGAGGAUGUCCGCGAUCGUGAGACUUGGGCGGGUGUCGCGCGCUCUUGGUACACGAAAGCCGCUGAUAAAAACCCUACUGUUGGCCGACUUUAUCAUCAUUUGGCUAUUCUGGCACGUCCAAAUGCCCUCCAACAGAUGUACUACUACUCUAGAUCCCUAACUUGCGUCAAGCCAUUCCAGAGCGCAAGAGAGUCUAUCUUGACUCUCCUGGAUCCCAUCAUUGGACGUGCAGCCGCAACUAUUACGCAUGCUCUUGCAAUCGAUACUAGCUUCAUCAAAGCGCACGGUCUUCAGUUUGAGAGGACCAGAACAGACGAAGACAAGGAUAAAGAUGAAGAAGCGCUUACAGUCGGCUUCCUGAGCGCAAAGACAGAGUUCAUUGAAAACCUAGACAAUCACAUUGGACGCGUAACAGCAAAGUGGAAGGAACAGGGCGUAUACAUCGCGGUGACCAACAUUGCCGGUUGGUUUGAAUACGGGCUCAACGACAAUUUUCUUCGCCAGGCGUUCCUGACUCAGAUCUACAAACAGGCGCAGGAAUCCCUCCCAAGCGCCGACGAGGACAAAAUUCGGACUGCGUCUCCAGCUGACCAACAAAAUCCGACCCAACCAUCCAUCAGCGAGCGAGAACUUCAUAAGGGACUGGCUGAACUACCCAACGAUGCGACGUUCAUUAACGCAAAACUCAUCACCAACGAGACAUUUGCGCUGGUGCUCCGCCGGAUCGGGGACAAGAACGUCCUUCCUCACGUACACAUCAUGCUCGCUUUCCUCGACUCAUUCGCUUCUAGUAUAUAUGUUUCUGGUCUGUUGGCUGACACUCCCUGGGCCGAGCUUGUUGCUUUUCUGAAUACGUUGGUCAAGACCGAAAACCAAAUUCAAACCCAGUCAAACAACCAGACACAGAAUAUUGAUACGGUACUCACUUCUGACAUGUUUCCUGGAGAAGGCGAGCGAGAAGACGAGCUGCCAUUACCGGAAGACUACCUCGUACGAGGCUUGAUUUGGGCGCAUGACUACUUCCCAAAGAACUGGUUUCGAAGAGAGCACGACGAGGAGGAGAGGUACCUAGAAUUGGCUAGUACGGUCAAAAACCGUAUGGAAAGAGUUUUGAGACUGGGUUUCCGACUUUCGAAGCGCAACAAAUGGAUCUCGUACGAUAAGAGCGCACGCACCUUUUCUGUUCUUGUUCCUCCUCAAUGA